AUGGACCCUGUUCCUGACAUUCCCCAUAAAACUCCCUCGCCUGAACCCGAGUACGAAACUAUAGCCACCCUCCCGCUCGCAACUCCUUCCCAGCGUUUCACGCAACCGACCCAACUCGUCGACAAUCCCUACUCGCGAAAUACUGUUAUCCAAGUCGCCGCUUCUUCACCUACCGGCCCUUCCUCUUCCCCUCCUCGAAGGCUUCAACCGCAAGGAGGUUUACUCUCAUCUCUGAUUGCCCCCUCGGGAACCCAGUUCCGCCCUCCCUCCGCCGGCCCUGCCAAAAGAAAGCCGGUAUUCGAUCUCGACGACGGUCCAACAUAUCGAGGCGGUUCGUCUGAAGACGAGCAACCCCUGCGCAGUACAGACAUAAAACCGGCCAUGUUUGAAAAAACUUUUCGCGGCCCCGAAAAAGAAAAAAUCAUGGAAUCCCCUGUCCGCCCCGACGCCGGUCCAAUGGAUCGUUUCCGUGAAAUUACUGCCUCCGCAAUGUACGAUCCCAAGUCUGCGCCUAUGAAGCGCUCUGCAGACGAGAUGGGCGACUUGAACAUGAAGGGCGUCGCCAUGAAGAGAAUUCGACAGGAUAUGCCCUCCCGCGCGCAGCCCGUACCGACCCCCGAUAUCACCUUUAUCCAGGAUUACCGAUUGCGCAUCAAGGUUGAGCGCAUUCUCAAGAUUAUGCCGCACAUUCCUGUACAGGUGAUUAUUAAUGCUGUUGUACAGGCUAAUGGCAAUUACGAUGACGCCCUCAACCUUCUGGCGGACAGUGCCCCGGCGAAUGGUGUCCAGCCUGUGUUGAUUGAGUCGUCUGAAGAUGAAUUGGCAUCGCCAGCUACAACAGGCCCGGUCCCCGUGGCCAAGCAGAAGAUCAAGGCCCGUGGGACUAUCCAGGACAAGUGGGCUGCUAUGAAUCUGCCUACCAAGGCCCAGGACUCCGACGAAGAAAACAAGCCCCGGCGCCGCCUCGUCCGCGGUCCUAAAUCCUCUCGCACCGCUUCGCCAGCUCGGCCUAUGAUGAUUGAUUCUGAUGAGAGCCCACCAAAGAAGAAGCUUAACCGUCUGCAAAAGGGCCGCAAAAUAGUCUCGCCUCGCUCGGAAUCCCCCGAGGCUAUGAUGAGUGAUUCUGAUGAUUCAGAUGUUCAGGUUCAGGAACCCACCGCUGGCGGACUGGAUUCCAAAGUCUUGAAGUUCUUCAACACUUGCGCGGUCCGUGAUCUCGCCGAUAUUGCAGCGAUCCCCGAGGAUCAAGCCCAGAUUAUCAUCAAAAACCGUCCUUUCCAGGCUCUCGAUGAUGUCCGCGUUGUUUCUGCUCCUGUUCCAGAGACUAGCAAGCCCAAGGGCAAGCGGGGUGGCAAAGCUCCCAAGCCAAUUGGUGAGAAGAUUGUCGACAAGUGUGUGGACAUGUGGACUGGCUAUAUGGCCAUCGAUGCACUUGUUGCUGAAGUCGAGGCGAUUGGUCAGCCAAUUACCGCGGAGAUGAAGAAAUGGGGUGUCGACAUGUUCGGCAAGAAAGAGGGUGAGCUUGAGCUCACUAAGAUCCCCAACUCCAAGUCACACGAUUCUGGCAUCGCGACGCCUUCGUCUGAUCACCAAUCACCUGAUGAGGAUGAGGAUGAGGAUUCACUUGUUCCGAUACGCAAAUCCCGGUUCAUUGGUCAGCCUGCCAUCAUGGCAGAUGACCUCGAGAUGAAAGAUUACCAAGUGGUCGGAAUCAAUUGGUUGUCACUUCUCUUUGAGCAGGAACUGAGUUGUAUCCUAGCCGAUGACAUGGGUCUGGGUAAGACGUGCCAGGUCAUUGCUUUCCUGGCCCACCUCUUUGAGAAGGGCAUCAAAGGGCCUCACCUGAUUGUGGUGCCAUCUUCCACCAUUGAGAACUGGCUCCGUGAAUUCCAGAAGUUUUGUCCAACCCUCUCGGUUAUGCCUUAUUAUGCCGGUAUCAACCAGCGAGCUGAGAUCCGUGAACAAAUUGAGGACAACCGUGACAAUAUCAAUGUUGUCAUUACUACUUAUACUAUUGCAAAGGCGAAGGUUGAUGCCAAGUUCCUUCGUGAUGUGGAUUUCACUGUUUGUGUCUACGAUGAGGGUCAUAUGUUGAAAAACCACCAGUCUCAGCUGUAUGAAAAGCUCAUUCGCAUCCCUGCCCGUUUCCGACUGCUCUUGACUGGUACGCCUCUCCAGAAUAACUUGCAGGAACUCGCUUCUUUGCUUGGUUUUAUCCUACCGUCUGUCUUCCGUGAGCACAAGGAAGACCUCCAAGCAGUCUUUGCGAACAAGGCGAAGACUAGUGACGAGUCCCACGCAACCUUGCUUUCGGCGCAGCGUAUCGAGCGUGCUAAGUCCAUGCUCAAGCCAUUUGUCCUUCGCCGCAAGAAGCACCAGGUCAUUGAUCUCCCCGCUAAGCAUUCACACGUCGGCUGGUGUGAGAUGAAGUCCUCUCAAAUCGACAUUUACGAGCACGAAAAGGACCAAGUCCGCCAACUUCUUGAAGACCGCGCAGCCGGCAAAAAGACCGGCUCCAAGUCUGCCAACAUUCUCAUGAAACUCCGCCAAGCAGCCAUUCACCCUCUCCUCGCCCGCCGUCACUACACUGACGAGAUCCUUCAAAAGAUGUCCAAGGCCUGUCUCAAGGAAGACAAAUGGUCCCUGUCCGACCCCAAAAUCAUCCUCGAAGAACUUCUCCCUUACAACGACUUCGAAUGCCACCACAUGUGUGUGGAGAAUCCCAGCUCGCUCGGGAAAUUUAAGCUCAAAAACGACGAAUGGAUGGACUCCGGCAAAGUAGAACACCUCCGCGAACUCCUAACUCGCUUCAUCGCCAACGGAGACAGAACCCUAAUCUUCUCCCAAUUCACAAUGGUAAUGGACAUCCUGGAACACGUGCUCGAAACCCUCAAAAUCGAGUUCGUGCGUCUAGACGGCCGCACAAACGUUGAAGACCGCCAAUCAAUCCUAGACGCCUUCCAUGAGCGCGAGGAAAUCCCAGUCUUCCUCCUCUCCACCAAGGCAGGUGGUGCUGGUAUCAAUUUGGCCUGCGCGAACCGCGUUAUCAUCUUCGAUUCAUCGUUCAACCCACAGGAAGAUGUUCAGGCGGAGAACCGCGCUCAUCGUGUUGGUCAGACUCGUGAGGUGGAGAUUUAUCGUCUUGUUACUCGUGGCACCAUCGAAGAGCAAAUUUACUCCCUGGGACAGACUAAGCUUGCGCUUGAUCAGGCUGUUGCGGGUGAGGAUGAGGCUGGUGCUAAGAAGGGUGAGGAGGCUGGUAUGAAGGUUGUUGAGGGGAUGAUGAUGGCUGAGAUGCAGAAUGGUACUGGGCCUAAGGAGAAGGUGGUGGAGGUAGAGUGA